UGCCCCAUAAUAAAUUACCCGACCCGUACCCGACCUGCCACGGGACGGGAAUGGAUAUCGAGAUACCCGCCCCGAACCUGCCCAUUGUCAUUCCUAGUCAAACCAAAGAAACAAACACGAUGGACCCGUUCGAUAGUCCUUGUAACCAACACGUCAUAGAUGAUCGCCAAGUCUGUACAUUGUCUAAUCUGCCUUCAGUUAGCGUAAAUGCGCUCUAUUCCCUGGCUGAUUCGCUUAAAGCCUCUACUCUUAACCUGCAAGGAUACAACCUCCAUAACCCAAAUCCACGCCUUGCUGAUCACUGUCGGUCUCUACCCCAAUGGCAGCACCGUCAGUCGCUUAAUCGCUUCGUAUGCCCGCGCCGGCGGCAUAGAAACCGCACGCCAAGUGUUCGACAAAACGCCUCAGAGAGGCGUUGAUGCAUGGAACUCGAUCAUCGUUGCGUACUCUCAUGAACGUUCCCCAAGUCAAGUUCUGGGUCUUUACCAUAGAAUGAUAACCGAGGGAGUUAGGCCUGAUAGCUCUACUUUUACUGUGGCACUCAAAGCUUGCUCGACCUUGCCGGACUUACACGUGGGAAAGGAAAUUUGGCGUCAAGCUGUGGAUUUUGGAUACCAGGGUGAUGUGUUUGUUGCGUCGUCUGUUCUAAAUUUGUUGGCCAAGUGCGGGAGAUUGGAUGAAGCGAAGGCGGUGUUUGAUAAGAUGGCCAGGAGAGAUGUUGUGAGCUGGACCACUAUGGUAACUGGGAUCCUGCGCAGUGGACAGCCGUUAGAAGCAGUGGACAUGUACAGGAGAAUGCAGAAGGAGGGGAUUGAAGGAGAUGGGGUUAUAAUGGUGGGCUUAAUCCAGGCUUGCUCUGAACUUGGAGAAAUUACGGUGGGUCUUUCAGUUCACGGAUACAUGGUUAGGAGAGAGAUACAUAUGAAUGAUGUAGUUGUUAGGACUAGCCUUGUGGAUAUGUAUGCUAAAUGCGGAAAAUUGGAGCUUGCUUCUCGUGUUUUCAGAGAGAUUCGUUUUAAAAAUGCUGUUUCCUGGGGUGCGCUGAUAUCCGGCUAUGCGCAAAAUGGUAUUGCAGGAACUGCACUUGAAUUGUUGAUUGAGAUGCAGAGUUCUGGGGUGAAGCCAGAUUCAGUUUCUCUCAUCAGUGCAGUUUUGGCAUGUUCACAAGUAGGGCAAUUGAAACUAGGGAAGUCAGUACACGGAUAUAUCCUUAGAAGGCUCAACUUCGAGCAGAUUUUAGCCACUGCUUUGGUAGACAUGUAUGCCAAAUGUGGAUCACUUGCUUGUGCUCGAAUUUUGUUUGACCGAGUAGAUUCAAGAGAUCUAAUAAUGUGGAAUGCCAUGAUUUCCAGCUAUGGGAUCCAUGGCCAUGGAGAGGAAGCCCUCUCACUCUUUCUAGAGAUGACAGUAACAGAAGACGUGAAACCAGAUCAUACAACUUUUGCUUCACUUCUUUCAGCUCUGAGUCACUCAGGAUUAGUGGAAGCAGGGAAAUGUUGGUUUCAUAAAAUGGUCAACGAAUUUAAGAUUCAAGCUAGUGAGAAGCACUUUGCAUGCAUGGUCGAUCUUUUAUCCAGGGCAGGGCGAGUGGAAGAAGCAUGUCAGCUCAUUGAGUCCAUGGACUCUGAACCAGGACUUGCUGUUUGGGUUUCCCUAUUGUCAGGCUGUCAUAACUGCAGGAACGUAAUGAUAGGAGAGGUGGCAGCAAAGAAGAUACUUGAGUCGAACGCAAAUGACUCUGGAACUUAUUCGUUGGUUUCUAACUUCUUUUCCAUGGCCAAGAAGUGGGAUGAAGUCUCUGUUUCAAGGAGGACCAUGAAAAGGGCGGGAAUGAGGAAAGUGCCUGGUUUUAGUUCAGUGGAAGUGAAUGGAAAACACCAAGCUUUUCUAAUGGAAGACAGGAACCACCAUCAGUACGAGGAUAUCUUACAAACAAUGGAUAAUUUGGUACAUGAGAUGACAUCCAUCAGUGCAAAUCAAGACAGCGUAUGUUUACUGAAUGAUCUUCUAGGGGACUAGAGUACCUGCAGAAAAGGCUGGUUGUAUGAUUUGACUGCCUAAUCUUCUGGUACAUGUCCUGAGCAGCUUUGUUUCUUCCAGUUGGACUGAUACAAUACCAAUCAUUCACCUACACUGCAAUGGCUUAUUCAUCCUAUUCCAAAAUGCCGCUGCAACGACUGAGAUAUCUGACCCAGUUUUCACUCCUAGCUUUUGCCAAAACCACGUGCUGUCUUUCGUGGCAUUACUUCGCUGAAGUUUUCUUGUUCUGGAUUCUCAAUAUCAUAAGUUUUGCAGAAACCAAGGGCAGAAAUAUGCAGUGCGAGGUAUUACCAUGAGAAUCUAGACGGCAGAAAUGGAGAGGCUUUCCGGCACCAAAGUGAAAGUGGCGGGUCUUUCAUGGAGCCUGAAUUGCUUCCUUUUAUAUGCUUUAGGUCUGUGCAGAAGCACACAGAAACGUGGGUUGCACGCUUUCAUUUCAUGAAGCUAACAUGCGAGCGGCAGAUAAUGCUUAUGCUUGUAAGUGACCUGCUCUUUCAAUUUUCAGAUGUCGGGAAAGAGCUCAGAUAGAUAGAUAUAUGCCCGUUUGUAUCUGCAUUGUACGUGUAGUAAAACAGCACCAAAAUU